AUGAAACGAUUACUUUUUAUUCUCGGUGCAUGGGCGGUUUCCGCAAUAGCAUCACCAAGUCUUUUGGGUCGUGCCGACAAAGAACAACAAGAGGAACCUGCUGGUAGCCCUGGCUUGAUGACGGUGCCUGACAAGUUUAAUACAGCAUUGGGUGUGGAUUGGAAUCGUACCUAUGGCCAAACGGAACCGCAACAAAUCCACUUGUCGUUUGGAUCUGAUUCUAAAUAUGCACGUAUCCAAUUUGCCACCUUAUCACCCAUUGAUCAAGCUGUCCUCAAGUAUUGGCCAAAGAGCCGCCAUGCUUCGACAUCCAACAAGCCUGUUACCCAACUCAGGGGCGAGAGCUGGACUUUUACCGAUGGUGGUGCUCUACAACGUGAAUUGUAUAUGCACAUGAUCAAGACCAAGAAUCUCAAGGCAGCUACCGUUUAUGCUUACCAGGUCGGCGCAACUACAUCCAAUGGUACAGAAUGGGGUCCUGAACUUGAAUUCCACACUGCAAGCAAGGAGGAUGAAUUUAGCUUCUUGUCUAUUGGCGAUAUGGGUGUCAAUAACGCGGUAUCUAUGCCACAUUUGGUUGAUUUUGCAAAGACCCACAAGUAUGAUUUUGUUACAUUGUCCGGAGAUCAGGCGUAUGACAUGGCCGAUUUCAAUGGUCUCAAAGGUGAUGAAUACAUGAACAUGGUUCAAGAACUUUUUGCCCGUGUACCUUAUAUGGGUGUGCCCGGCAACCAUGAACGUGCUUACAACUUUUCGCAUUAUAUCAACAGAUAUGCAACUCUCCCGCAUAAGGAAUCGCACUUUGCUAAUCCAUUGAUGUAUUCUUUCGAUUACAAGUCUUUGCAUCUCAUCUCCUUUUCGACCGAGAUUUAUUUCUAUGGCACCCCUGAGGAAGUGCAAACAGCAAUCAAUUGGCUGGAGGCUGAUUUGGUGGAAGCAAACAAGCAUCGUCAGCAACGACCCUGGGUUGUGUUGAUCACCCAUCAUCCCUUAUAUUGCAGUGCCGCGAAUGAAGAUUGUACAAGUAAGGCUCAACUCAUCCGUGAUGGUUUCAACAAUACUGGAUUUGGUGCAUUGGAGCCAUUAUUGCUUGAAUACAAUGUGGAUGUUGUGAUUGCGGGCCAUGUGCAUAAUUAUGAGCGUACGCUACCAGUGGCAAAGGGCCAAGUGACCAGCCAAUCAUAUCAUCAGCCCAAAUCCUAUAUGCAGGUCAUUGUAGGAAACGUGGGUCAACCUGAAGGAGCCGAGAGCUUUAACGCUACGGGACCAUGGGCAGACUGGUCAGCCAAACGUUAUGAUGGCAAUGGAUUUUCCACUGUCAAGGUGACCUCAGAGACUUUUAGCAUGACUCAUCAUCAAGCAAAUCAAGAUGGCACUUUAGGUUCUGUGAUUGAUUCUUUUACUAUCUCAAAGUAG